AUGGUCACGUCUGGGCUCUUCAUCUUCAGCCUGACAGGCUCCAUCCUGCUCCCAGCACUGGUCCCAGCAGGCGCCCAGGGGAGCCAGAUCAUCGGGGGCAAGGUGGCAGCACCCCACUCCCGGCCCUUCAUUGCCUCCAUCCAGCUAGAGGGGCAGCACGUCUGUGGGGGCUUCCUGGUGUGGCCCAAGUGGGUGAUGACAGCAGCCCACUGCUUCGUUCCCAGACGGAGCCCCUGGGUGCGCGUGGUGCUGGGUGCCCACAGGCUGGAGGAGCCCGAGGGGUCCCAGCAGGUCUUCAGCAUCGUGGACUCCAUCGCCCACCCUCGCUACAACCCCAACUCAGCCAACCACGACAUCCGCCUGCUCCGGCUGAACAGGUCUGCCACGCUGAACGAGUACGUGAAGCGGAUCCGCCUGCCCUCACCACGCGUCGACCUGAAGCCUGGCACCGUCUGCUACGUGAUGGGCUGGGGGGACACCUCCAGCUACGGUGACCGCCCCACGGCGCUGAUGGAGACCCACACCACCAUCGUCAAGAGGAGCCUCUGCCGAACGCUGUGGAGGGGCAAGGUCUCUGCCAACAUGCUGUGCGGGGCCAGCACCAAUGCCACGCUGCAGGGCGUCUGCGCGGGUGACUCUGGAGGACCCCUGGUCUUCAAGAAGAAGGUUUAUGGCAUCGUCUCGUUCUCUGGGGAGAGAUGUGGGGACCGCCGGUACCCUGACGUCUACACCAAGAUCUCCAACUACAUCGACUGGGUGCAGCGCGUCGUCCAAGGGCAGCGCCGGCACAAGGGGCGGCCCAAGCCCUAG